AUGAAUGAUGACAGCGAAGGAACAUCCACUCUUACAAAGAAAAGCAGUGACAAAACCGAGGGACAGGUUGAACAACUGAAAGAACUGCUGGUUGUCACGUACAUGGUCAGAUUGUCAAACCUGUUGUCGUCCAGACUGAGGGACAACAAUCCCAAUAUUGCCGACCUCAGCGACAAGUUCAGACAGACCAGAAUUGCAGAGCUUCUCACCGAACUCUUUGACAACGAGUGGACGGAUGAUUUAUCUGCCCUGGAGCAACAAUAUACGGAAAAGCAGGGAGUGACCUUUCUCUUAGAUAUCAUCAUGGCCUUAACAAGAAACCAGCACUGGUGUACUUUAGAAGCCUAUGCAUUUUGCAAAAAGGAACUCACAGAGUCUUGGAACUACGUUCUAAAGCACUUUCUGAUCGAGAAUGAUACUGUGACUGAGAAGAGUUUAAGAGAUUCACGAAAAAAGAAGUUUCUCGAUUAGAUUGCCGACAGGAAACGGG